AUGCCAAUUGACUCAGAUGAGGUAUCCUUGCCUCGUGCUACCGUGCAAAAAAUUAUCUCAGAAGUACUCGACCCAGAGUAUACUUUCUCUAAAGAAGCUCGUGAAAUAAUAACUAAAUCUGGUAUAGAAUUCUUAAUGAUUCUGUCAUCAAUGGCUUCUGAAAUGGCUGAUAAUGAUUGCAAGAAAACUAUUGCUCCAGAACAUGUCAUUAAGGCCUUGACUGAGUUAGAAUAUAACCAGUUCAUCCCUUUUCUACAACAAAGAUUAUACGAAUAUAAAGGUACUCAAAAAGUUAAAGAAAAGAGAGAUGAUAAAUUUAAAAAAUCAGGUCUUUCAGAAGAGGAAUUACUACGACAACAAGAGGAAUUAUUUAGACAGUCAAGAUCAAGGUUAAAUAAUAAUGUGGUGAUGAAAAAAAUAGUAGUGAUAAUAAUAGCGUGGAUUCAUAAUAAAAUUCACUCAUAUUUAUUUUAUAUUUUUGCCUUCUUUAUUUAA